AUGAAGUACUCCAUCUCUUUCCUCACGCUGCUUUCAGCCUCCUUCGUUGGAGCAGCCCCGGUAGCUUUCCCAGGCAACGAACCAGUGCUCACGCCUCGCGCCAGCAGUGUCGGUCUGCCUCGAUUCGGCGAGCAGGCCCUAAAGUCGCGUGGUGCGCUUUUAGCCGUACGCAGCGAUGUUAAAGCUGCCCUUGAAAGUGCCAAAGAAGGCGCCCAGAACGCCAACCAACGCGCCGCCCGACGAGCCGCUCUUGACCUGCAACUUGGUCCGCCAAGAUUCGAUGAUUCCUCUUCCAUUCAAAAUAGGAACGCUGUCGUCCAAGAUGCCGCUGCUGCCACUCCUGAGACCCCUGCCGCCGCUCCUGCUGCCGAAGCACCUGCUGCGGAGGCACCUGCUGCGGAGGCACCUGCUGCGGAGGCACCUGCUGCGGAGGCACCUGCUGCGGAGGCACCUGCUGCGGAGGCACCUGCUGCGGAGGCUCCUGCUGCUGCGGAUCCUGCUGCCACACCCCCUGCUGUUGUUGCCCCUGCCGCGGGUAAUGAAACCGCAGAAGCAGGUGCCGGCGCGGGUAAAGCCAAUAAGGAGGGCAUGAAGCACGGUAAGGGAAAGGGCAAGAAGCAUGGCAAGAAGCACGGCAAGAAGCAUGGCAAGGGCAAGGGCAAGCAGGACGACGCUGCUGCUGGAGGUGCUGCUAAUGGUACUGCACCAGCUGUUCCUGCUGCGGGAGCCGAAGAGGGAGCAGGAGCUGCUGAAGGAGCCGGAGAGGGAGCCGGAAAGGAAGCCGGAGAAGGAGCAGGAGCUGCUGAAGGAGCUGGAAAAGAAGCCGGUGCUGCUGCAGGAGCCGGAGAGGGAGCUGGAGCUGAAGCUGGAAAGGAAGCAGGAGCUGGAAAGGAAGCCGGUGCUGCUGAAGGAGCUGGAAAAGAAGCCGGUGCUGCUGCAGGAGCCGGAGAGGGAGCUGGAGCUGAAGCUGGAAAGGAAGCUGAAGGAGCUGGAAAAGAAGCCGGUGCUGCUGCAGGAGCCGGAGAGGGAGCUGGAGCUGAAGCUGGAAAGGAAGCUGGAGCCGGAAAGGAAGCAGGAGCUGCUGAAGGAGCUGGAAAAGAAGCCGGUGCUGCUGCAGGAGAGGGAGCUGGAGCUGAAGCUGGAAAGGAAGCAGGAGCUGGAAAGGAAGCCGGUGCUGCUGCAGGACACGCCGACAAUGCUGCUGCUGCCAACGGCAUGGGCAUGGGCAAGGGCAAGGACGCAAAAGAAGCUCCCGCCGCUGCUGAACCUGCCACUGCUGCUGCCCCCGCACAUGCUGCACGGUCUAUUGAGGACGAUGAAGAGACUGUCGACAUCGAGACCCGCUCUCCCAAGGGCAAGGGUAAGGGCAAGGCUGCCGCUCCAGCUGCCCCGGUUGCCACUGCACCUGCUGCACCCGCUGCACCCGCUGCUCCUAUUGAAAACAUUGCCCCUGCAGCUGCACGCUCUAUCGACAUCGAGACCCGCUCUCCAAAGGGCAAAGGCAAGGGCAAGGCUGCCGCUCCAGCUGCCCCGGCUGCUGCACCCGCUGCCCCUGUUGAAAACGCUGCCCCUGCAGCUGCACGCUCUAUCGAUAUCGAGACCCGCUCUCCAAAGGGCAAGGGCAAGGGCAAGGGCAAGGCUGCCGCUCCGGCUGCUGCACCCGCCGCCGCCGCCCCUGCACCUGCUGCCGCCGCUGCUGCUAAGAGAAACGCUUUUGCUUUCAAAGCUUGA